UUUUCACUUACUGGAGUCUUUAUGUCAUUAAAAUAUUUUGUAAGCACCGUUGUUAAUGAAUGCAUUAUAUUUCACUGGUUCAAUUGAUUAUAAUGAAGAAUGCUCCAGUGAACCUUUGUCUACAUUUCCGAUUUCUUCUGGCAGAUUCCUAGACUUGGGAUUGUUGAAUCAAAUGGUAACACUAUUUUUAGUCUGUUCAUGCCAAACUGAUUUUGAUGAAGUUGCUACUAGUUCCACACUUGUACAAGUAGAAUGAAAGAGUACCUGUAUCAUUUCCAUCAUUGAACUUUACCACUAACAAAAGUGUUGCUGAUUUGAUAAUGUAAAUAGAUCAAUUUUUGUCUAAUUCAUAUUUCUUUGAUUACUAGUGAAAAUGUUUUGAUAUAUUUAUUAGGUAUUUAUGUUACUUCUAUGAAUUCAGUUUAUGAACUUUGCUUACUUUUCUGUAGGAGGCUGUGUUUUCUUAUUAAAUAAUUUUUAUAUGUUAAAAACAUCAGUCUUUUGCCUCUGUGUAAAUAUUUUUUUCCCAUUUUGCUUGCUUUUUAACUUUAUGGUUUUUAUUGGGGGGGGAACAGAAGUAUUUUUACAUUGUCUAGAUUUUACAUUUGGAGUUUGUUUCUGUGAGUUCUUUCAUUAAUGGUUUUUAAGGAGGAGAUAUAACCGAGAGGGUUAUUGAGGGCCACCAUUGCUCCACAAAUAAUUGAAAUCAUUGGGUAGAGGCCAUUUUAUGUACACUCAGUGAUUUCACUCCUGUCCCCCCUGCAAUUGCUUGUCUCUUAUUUCUGAAAUCUGUUCCAUGUCACCCAUUAAACUUAUUUUACUUGUCUUUGUUAUUCUGCACAGUCUUAACGCUGCCCUUUUGGCCAGCUGUUCUUCUGUCCUAUGGCAUUUUCUCAUGUCCUGAUGCUUUCUUUUAAGGUAUUAUCCAAAGAGAUGAGUCACCCAUGGAAAAAGGGCUCUCUGGUCUGCGAGGAAGGGACUUUGAGCUGUCUGAUGUGUUUUAUUUCUCCAAGAAGGGAUUGGAAGCCAUUGUGGAGGAUGAAGUGACCAAGAGGUUCUCCUCAGAGGAGCUAGUGUCAUGGAAUCUCCUCACAAGGACCAAUAUAAAUUUCCAGUACAUCAGUCUGCGGCUCACCAUGGUGUGGGUGCUGGGCGUCAUAGUACGCUACUGCGUCCUAUUGCCUCUGCGGGUAACCUUGGCUUUCAUUGGGAUUAGUUUGCUUGUUAUAGGAACUACACUUGUUGGGCAGCUGCCAGACAGCAGUUUCAAAAACUGGCUGAGUGAACUGGUCCACCUGACCUGCUGCCGGAUCUGUGUGCGAGCCCUUUCUGGUGCCAUUCAUUACCAUAACAGGCAGUACAGACCCCAGAAGGGAGGCAUUUGUGUUGCCAACCAUACCUCUCCAAUAGAUGUUUUUAUCUUGACAACGGAUGGAUGCUAUGCUAUGGUUGGCCAGGUUCAUGGUGGACUGAUGGGAGUUAUUCAGAGAGCAAUGGUCAAGGCUUGUCCCCAUGUCUGGUUUGAACGUUCAGAAAUGAAGGAUCGACACCUGGUUACUAAAAGACUAAAGGAACACAUUGCUGAUAAGAAGAAACUGCCUAUAUUAAUCUUUCCUGAAGGAACUUGUAUCAACAACACUUCAGUCAUGAUGUUUAAAAAGGGAAGCUUUGAAAUAGGAGGAACCAUACAUCCAGUUGCAAUUAAGUAUAACCCUCAGUUUGGUGAUGCCUUUUGGAACAGUAGUAAAUACAACAUGGUGAGCUACUUGCUUCGAAUAAUGACCAGCUGGGCCAUCGUCUGUGAUGUGUGGUACAUGCCCCCCAUGACCAAACAGGUAUUCCAUAGAUAACAGCAGGGCUUUGUGCUUUAUUUUAUCAGAUAAAGGCCAAGGAAACGUUUAGCUGAAAACAUAGAUGUAUUCCUUCUUCACAUCAGCUAAAGUUGGACUAUCUUCUUGCUUUCUCAGAAAUGAGUCAUUUUUUCAAAAUGUAUUUACGAUUUGCUCUCAAGUUGAUUCUGUCUUAUGGCGACU